AUGCAAAUACGACGUUCAGGGUCAGACGAUUUAGCACCUUUUGAUUCUGAAAUCGAAGCUACUGCAAGGAGACGAAGAGGCACACCUCACGAAUGCCCUGUUAGUCACAUAGACAGUUUCUUGGAGAAGUGUGACACCAUAAAGCUCAACGGUGUUACUGAUGAUGCUAUCAGACUUCGUUUGUUCCCUUUUUCACUACAGGAUAUAGCGAAGGAAUGGUUACGAGACGAAGGUAUAGGUUCCUUUGAUACAUGGGAUAAGCUUGCCAAAGCUUUCUUAAGAAGAUUCAAGCGCUUACAGAGACAAUGCCCUCAUCACGGUAUCCCAGAGUGGAUGUUGAUCCAAACAUUCUACAAUGGUGUGACCCAUGAGUUUUGCAUAUACAUUGAUGCUGCAUCCAGGGGUUCUCUCAUGACUAAGAACCCAACUAAAGCCAAAGAGCUAAUUGAGAAGAUGGCAGCCAAUGAUAAUUAUCAUCCAGGAGGUCGACAUAGUGUGAAGAAGGGAGGUAAAUUAGAUGUUGAUGCUCUAAAUCUUUUGACUAGCUCUGUGCAGGCAUGCAUUGACAAGCAAGGUCACAUUGCACCUAAUUGCCCCAAAAAUUCCAGUGAGAUGUCAAUUGAGGAGGCCAAUGCUUUCUACACCUCUAAUCCUAAAAGGUCGUAUGAUCCUCAUUCAAACACAUAUAAUGAAGGGUGGAGAAAUCAUCCGGACUUCUCUUAUAUGAACACUCAAGCUCAAUUGAAUUCUCCGUCGCCACCACCUAGUUUUCAAGCAAGGGCAUCUUUUAAUCACCAACCCAUGAAUCAACAACUACCACCACAAACUUCAAAAUACAAUCUUGAUUCCAUUACGGAGACUUUCACUACUUCCCAACUUCGACAGCAAGAGCUUAUGACAAAGCAAUUUGAGCUACAAGCACAGCAAAAUGAACACUUUGAAAGCUCGAUUCAAAUGCUUAUUGCUCAAAAUAAGAGGAUAGAAACUCACCUUUCUCAACUUUCACAACAAGUGAGCCAUUUAUCAACUCUUCAUGAUCAAGCAAAAGUCCAAAAGGAACAAUGCAAUGCAGUUUUCUUGAGAAGAGAUGAAUUAUUUUCGAGGAAAAUAGAUAAGAAAGUGUGCAGUGUGGAGUCAAGAAAAGAUGAAAAGUGUGAGGAUGUAAAAAGUCCCAAAUAUGUUGCUCCACCGACCUAUGAGGAACCGAUGCCCUUCCCGCAAAGGUUGCCAAAAGCCGUGCUCGAUAAACAUUUUGGAAAAUAUUGCGAGACUGAUCUUAAAAAGGUACAUGCUUCCAUUCCUUUUUCUGAUCUUUUAAUUCAAAUGCCUCAAUUUGCAAAAUUUGUGAAGGAAAUUAAAGAUCAACAUGAUGAUAAGGAAGUAGUAAAUGAGAAAUGCUCUACUCUUUUACGUGAUAGCCUACCACCUAAAAUGCAUGAUCCUGGUAGUUUUACUAUUCCAUGUAUGAUAAACGAAAUAUUUUUUGACAGGGUUUUGACUGCUAUACUCCCUAAGGGUGUGGUUGAGGAUGUAUUAGUUAAGGUUGGUAAACUUGUUUUUCCUGUUGAUUUUGUUGUUAUGGAUAUGAAAGAAGACCAUAAGAUCCCGAUUAUAUUUGGUCGCUCAUUCCUUGCCACAAGUCAAGCUCUAAUAGAUGUUCCUAAAAGACAAGUGACCAUUAGGGCCCAGGAUAAACAAGUAGUGUUUAAGCUCUUUAAUGAACAUAAUUUUAUAUUUGAUGGUGGUACUUGUUUAAGAAUUGAUGCUACUAACCCUUUGGUUGAUAAGUGUGUAUGUGAUAGAAAUCUUGUGAGAAACGAGGACAAUAUUUCACCAAAUGAUGUGUUUAGCUACAUGAAAGUAAGUUCGGAUACAAAGCAUGUCAAAUAUAAAAUGAAGGAGUCAUUUGGAGGCGAAUAUUUUUAUGGGCAACAUCGCGGAGUUUCUUCUUUGUGUGGUGACCCAGGCUGA